AUGGCUGGCAUUGGAAAAAGCACUCUUGUCAACAAUGUGUACAAAAAUGAAGGGUCCAACUUUGAUUGCCGUGCAUGGGUUUCUAUCUCUCAGUCAUAUAAACUAGAAGAUGUAUGGAAGAAAAUGCUGACAGAUCUCGUCGGGAAAGAUAAGAAAGCAUUUGAUCCUGGAACAAUGGAUAGUGCAGAACUAAGAGUGCAAUUGACAAAAACUCUAGAUAAAAAAAGGUACUUGAUCAUACUGGAUGAUGUCUGGACGGCUGAUGUUCUUUUCAGAAUUAAAGAGGUUCUUGUAGAUAAUGGCCUUGGAAGUAGAGUAAUAAUCACAACAAGAACUGAGGAGGUAGCUUCAAUAGCUGAGGAUAGUUGUAAGAUUAAAGUAGAACCUCUUGGUGACCAUGAUUCCUGGCAUGUAUUUUGUAGGAAGGCAUUUCCGAAAGUUGAAAAUCAUAUCUGCCCUCCAGAGUUACAUCAGUGUGGUAAAAACAUUGUGGAGAAAUGUGAUGGUUUGCCAUUAGCCCUUGUGGCAAUAGGAAGCGUAUUGUCGCUAAGACCGAAGAAUGUUGAUGAGUGGAAGCUAUUUUAUGAUCAGCUUAUUUGGGAGCUACACAGCAAUGAGAACCUUAAUCACGUGGAGAAAAUCAUAAAUCUAAGCUAUAAAUACCUACCAGACUAUUUGAAGAACUGCUUCCUGUAUUGUGCUAUGUUUCCAGAAGAUUAUCUGAUACACAGAAAGAGAUUGAUUAGAUUGUGGAUAGCUGAAGGAUUUAUUGAACAAAAAGGGACAUGCAGCUUAGAAGACAUUGCUGAAAGUUAUCUUAGAGAACUUGUACGACGGAGCAUGCUUCACGUUGCACACAGAAACAGCUUUGGUAGGAUUAAAUGUAUUCGUAUGCAUGAUCUUGUGCGUGAACUAGCCAUUUUCCAAUCUAAAAGAGAGGGUUUCAGUACAACUUAUGAUGGAAAUAAUGAAGCAAUGCUAGUGGGAUCAGAUUCUCGACGAGUGGCUGUGCUCCAAUGCAGCAAGGGCAUUCCAUCAAACAUUGAUGCAUCCAGGCUUCGCACCUUCAUAACGUUUGACACCAGCAGGGCAUCAUCUUUGUGGUAUUCUUCUAUUUCCUCCAAACCGAAGUACCUCACAGUAUUAGACUUAUCAGGCUUGCCUAUUGAGACCAUUCCUAGUUCAAUUGGGGAGCUAUUCAACCUUAGGCUUUUGUGCCUCGAUGACACCAAAGUUCUCCCUAAAUCUAUUACAAAGCUUCAAAACUUACAAACAUUGAGUAUUGAGAAUGCGCAGUUAGUGAAGUUCCCAGAAGGGUUUUCAAAACUGAAGAAAUUGCGACAUCUUCUGGUUUCACGGUUGCAUGAUGUAACAUACAACAGUUUCAAAGUUUGUGAAGCUAUAGAACCAUUUAAGGGCUUGUGGAGUUUGAUCGAACUGCAAACUCUGUGGACCAUUAAAGCAAGUGAAGUAUUUGUUGCAAAACUUGGAAAUUUAUCCCAGCUGAGAAGCCUUAUAAUUUCUGAUGUAAGGAGUAAUUACUGUGCACAAUUGUGUGGCUCUUUGUCAAAGAUGUGCCAGCUGUCAGCAUUAAUAAUAGAAGCAUGCAACGAAGAUGAACUGCUACAGCUGGAUGAUUUGACAUUUCCAAAUCCCCUUCAAAUCCUUACUUUGGCUGGACGAUUGUCAGAAGGAACUUUGACAUCGCCCUUUUUCUUAAAUCACGGAAAUGGGCUUCUUAGGCUAAUGCUACAUUACAGUCAGCUUUCAGAAAGUUCAGUAACACACCUCUCUAAAUUGUCAAACUUGACUGAGUUAUCUCUUGUACGGGCAUACACCGGCCAAGAAUUAUACUUCCAAGCAGACUGGUUCCUGAAUUUAAAGGAACUUUACUUGAUGAAUUUGCCCCAUCUCAAUCAAAUACGCAUACAGAAGGGAGCUUUGGCCAGCCUUGAACGUGUAAACAUGCAUUGCCUCCCGGAGCUACGAGAGGUUCCAGUUGGUUUCAGACAUCUCGAGUCCCUAAAUACAGUAACUUUUGUUGAUAUGCAUCCUGAUUUUGCAAGCAGCAUGCAACGAUACACAUACGGGACAACGGCAUAA